AUUUGAGCUGUUCUUGCCAUAAUAUGGACUUGGUCUUUUACCAAAUAGGCCUAUCUUCUGUAUACCAGCCCUAACUUUUCACAACACAACUGAUUGGCUCAAACGCAUUAAGAAGGAAAGAAAUUCGACAAAUGAACAAGGCAUAUCUGUUAAUUGAUAUUAGCGUUCCAGGUAACUACCUCUUGAAGCUGGUUGAGAGAAAUAUAUUUUUAUUUGUUUAACACUUCUUUUGGUUACUCCAUGAUUCCAUGUGUUAUUUCAUUGUUUUGAUGUCUUCACUAUUAUUCUACAAUGUAGAACAAAGUAAAAAUAAAGAAAAACCCUGAAAAUAGUAGGUGUCCAAACAUAUGCGCAAUUCAUAGACUAUAAUGAUUUACUAAAAUUAAAUGUUUUAAGUGCUGAGUGCUUUAUGUCCCUACCAGCCUAUUGUGUUGCACUCACAAAUGCUUCACAAUGUAUUUCUUUGUAGGCUAUAGCCUUGAAAUUACAGCCUAAAUAAUAAAUUGUAGUUCCUCCUUAGUCUCCCUGUCUGUCUCCUGACCUAUUUAGAGUGUUUCUAUGCUGUUUAAUAUGACAUGUAGCCUAUUUAAAAUGGUGAGCUUCUUACCUUCACCGUUUUAAUGUUUAUUCAACUACUUUUCAUUCAAAUCAUAUGGUUUGGUUUCAAUACUUCAAAACCAAAUGGUAGGUCCAGGUAGUCACAAAAAAAAUAGAUGCAUGUUGGUUAAAUAGUGACAUAAUGAAUGGAGUGAAUUUGGAGCGCCAGUUUAUUUUUUCCCUGUGAGUGCAGCGCAGUUUUUUUUUUUUAGCGGAGCAGUUGAAAAGGAUGCUCACAUACUCUGGUGCUGACCGUGCUGUGGGAAGGAAAUGGGCUGUGAUAUUUGGUACAUGGAUGUCGAUGUGUGUUUUUAGGGGACUACGUGAUGACCAGAUCCCUCCUACUCUCUUGGGCUCAGGAGAUCAGGACAAUUCAUACUCUACGUUGUCUGAUGCCCAGCUUGAUGGAGCGGUGGCCAGCAGAGUGCUCACCACAACAACAGCCUCUGAAUAUAACUCACACAUCUACCAAGGAAGCAGACCAGCAGUCACAUCCUACACCACCAGCCAGGGUGCCUUUCCUCCUCUGGCCCAGGCCACUGUCUACACCGCCUUCCCCCAGGCAGGACAGACCCAGGCCACUGUCUACACCGCCUGCCCCCAGGCAGGACAGACCCGGGCCACUGUCUACACCGCCUGCCCCCAGGCAGGACAGACCCAGACCACUGUCUACACCGCCUUCCCCCAGGCAGGACAGACCCAGGCCACUGUCUACACCGCCUGCCCCCAGGCAGGACAGACCCAGACCACUGUCUACACCACCUUCCCCCAGGCAGGACAGACCCAGGCCACUGUCUACACCGCCUUCCCCCAGGCAGGACAGACCUACGGCCUCCCACCAUUUGGUGCUAUGUGGCCAGGUAUUAAGUCAGAGACGGGGCUGCCUGAUGCAGCACCCUCUGUUGGCCAGCCUGGGUUUCUCAGCUUCAGAUCAGCAUAUACCUCAACCCAGCCAGACCCAGACCAUGUGCACUGCUCAUACCCCAGCCAAGGCUCCAGUUUCACUACAUCCAGUGUGUACACUAACAUCCCCUGCGCUUCCGCAGCUACAGAGGCUCACCAGGAGUUCAGCAGCAACUAUAACGUAAACUCUCUGGGCCAGACCCAGUUCCCUCAGUACUACGCCCCGCCCCUUAGCUACGUCCCCGCCGGGCUGCCCAAUAGCGAAGAGAAUGGAUCCAGUAUGGGUGUGGCCGGGUAUCCAGCUAUAAAGACGGAGGGCAGUGCCUUGGCUGGACUGCCCAGCACUACAGAUGCAUGCCCACGUGAGAACCUCCCGCCCGGGGUAGCCCUGCCUACAGGUGUGGCCCUCCCCAUGGGGGCCCUAGACCAGGAUGAGGCAGGGAGGAGGAACCCUGCUGGGAAGGCUAAGGGGAAGGCCAAGAAAUCAGACAGCAACCAGCCUACUGACGCUGACCUGGAGCGAAUCUUUCUGUGGGAUCUGGAUGAAACUAUCAUCAUUUUCCACUCCCUGCUCACUGGGUCCUUCUCUCAGAAGUUUGGCAAGGACUCCGACACUGUGCUGAACCUGGGCCUUCAGAUGGAGGAGCUGAUCUUUGAGCUGGCAGACACACACCUUUUCUUCAAUGACCUGGAGGAGUGUGAUCAGGUCCAUGUUGAAGACGUAGCCUCUGAUGACAACGGACAGGAUCUGAGCGCCUACAACUUCCUGGCGGAUGGCUUUAACGGCCCCAGUGGUGGAGGUGCCACCACAGGAGUCCAGGGCGGGGUGGAGUGGAUGACGAAACUGGCCUUCCGUUAUCGUCGCCUGAGGGAGAUCUACAAUGGAUACAAAGGGAACGUGGGAGGCCUGCUGAGUCCCAUGAAGAGGGAGCUUCUCCUCCGGCUCCAGUCUGAGAUGGAGAAUAUGACAGACGCCUGGCUCAGCACAGCACUCAAAUCCUUGCUGCUUAUCCAGUCCAGGUCAGCUCAGGGUAAGUGUAUGAAUGUCCUGGUGACGACCACCCAGCUGGUGCCUGCUCUGGCCAAAGUGUUGCUCUAUGGCCUUGGGGACGUCUUCCCCAUAGAGAACAUCUACAGCGCCACCAAGAUAGGGAAAGAAAGCUGCUUUGAGCGGAUCGUCUCUCGCUUUGGGAAGAAUGUGACCUAUGUGGUGAUUGGAGACGGUCGUGAUGAGGAAUUCGCAGCAAAACAGCACAACAUGCCUUUCUGGCGUAUCACCACCCACGGGGACCUGGUAUCCCUCCAUCAAGCCCUGGAACUAGACUUCCUGUAGAGCGGAAGGAAUGGAGGUUAGACACAAAGGUAAACUUGGUCGGUCCCCCCCCCCCCAACCCUUCUGUUUGCUUGUGGAGUGACAUUAUUAUGUCCUCAGCUCCACACCAUCCCUCAAACACCUGCUGGCUCUAGUGUGUCGCUCUUUUCCCCGUGUGAUGGCCGUGGACUGAUCUGAGGUGGACUUUGGGGGUGUCAGUGGCUGGGAAGCAGACUGGACAGACAGACCUACUCUCUGCUGUAGAGCUCCUCCUCCCCAGCAACACUCUCCAUAUGGCAGCUAUCUUCUAAAGACUGAGCCUGAUCACUGGGGCAUAGCAGCAGCAGCAGCAGCAGCGACCCACUGACCGACACCGACAGGCAGGACAUGACUAAAAUUAAGACCAGUCCCAUAUCUCUUUCCCCCGAAGUGUCUGUAGUCUCUGGCUCCACAACCCACAGGCUGUUUUCCUCUGUUCUCUCUCUGUCUGCAUCCCAAAUGACACCCUUUUCCCUAUGCAGUACACCAUUCUUUGAUGAGAGCACUAGGCCCUAUCAAACGUAGUGCACUACAUAGGGAAUAGGGUGCCAUUUGGGACGUAGCCUCUUGUUAGUGGAUCGACUAAAGCAAAGGUCUGCAGCCCUGUCUGGCAUCCCGGACGGACACUUAUGGUUGUUUAGAGCUUACACUUUUCCUAUUUCUCUUUCUGUAGGGUAGCUAUUCAUGAAAGGAUGUCACUUCGAAUGUUUUUUAUAAUUUGUAUUUUUAAAAGGUUGUUUUGCACUCAUUCCAAAGCAUUAAAUUCCAAAUGACUGAGGUAUCAUUGAUGAGGGUUGGUAAUAAUUUGUCUUUUCAAAGCAUAUGAUUAGAUGGCUACUUAAUGACCUUCAAUUGACCUUCUGGAUGUAACCUUUCCACUAGUUCACUAACAGUACUGACGUGUUCUCCAUAGAGACCUCCGCUGUCCUGACCUCUCCACUGUGUCACAGACUUCAACAGCCUAACUGACUUCUGUGGUCUUUUUACAUAACUGAUGUGUGGUCAGAAUGACUCCAUGAAGACCCUAACUAACCUGAAUUCCACUGCAUGAUAUCAAGGACGCCAGGUUACUAUGUAGUUAAUCAUAAAAACAGCCAAACCAGGCCUUUCUGUGAGAACAGCCAAACCAGGCCUUUCUGUGAGAACAGCCAAACCAGGCCUUUCUGUACAUUUACAUCUAAGAAACCAAGGAUGGGCUUUCAAAACAAUGUGCAUCUUCUUCAGCGAGACGCUGAUGUGAACGUGUCUACAUAACCUGUCGAAGAAACCUCCCCUUGGAGUAACUGUUCCUCAGAGCACAGCCCUAAGUGUCCUUGAAUUCCUGCAAAGAGACUUAACUUGACAAUGAGUAUUUUUAAAAAGCAGUUGGCUGGAAGGGAUGGCAAAUCGCACAAUGCAAUCACUUUGUUAUGUUAUUGUUCAAUACUGGAAAUGAUGUUAGACCAAGAAGUCACAGGAGAUUUGUCUGCCCAAGGUGGUCUAGAUUGUCACAACAUGACGGAUAAUUUGCGUCACAAAGCUCAAGUGUUGUCAUUGAUAAAUGGAAAUGUUUCUAUGUCUCUGUUGUAGAAUCAAUCUCCAAUUGAUUUUCCUCCAUUUUGAUUCGUGAGGCUCACACACAACCCCAUUAUUUCAUAGUGGUGGUUACCAUAGUGGUGGUGUAUUGGGACCUCUAAAUGUGCUAUUGAUUGUACGGGACCGGCUGCCCAAAAAAAUAUAGGCCUACCGCCACUGUGUGCAGUGUAGUCAGUCUAGCAUUGUUAUUAUAAAUAUAAAUAUAGGCCUACCGCCACUGUGUGCAGUGUAGUCAAUCUAGCGUCGUUAUUAUAAAUAUUGGGGAAAAACACCAGGAAUGACUGGGGGGGUUAGCUGGUCGUGAGGUGGUUAGAGGGUUGAUGUUAUGAAUCCCUGGUCCAUGUGAGAUUACGACUGAACAAUACUGAGCCCGAUGAUGACGAUCAUUUUGACACUUACGGCUUGACCAGUAAGAAUGUUUUUCUUGUGUAUUUCUUUGUGUGUCUGUAUAUAUAUAUGCAUACUGUGCCUUUUUCAACCCUCUAUAUUAUAUAUCUAUACAUGCGUCAUCUCUACAGGAAAUACUUCAGAUGUGUUAAACACAUGAUCACACAUGGUUGUUACACACUUUAGUUGAAGUCUUUUAUUUUACUACAACUACUUUUUUUUAUACCAUCAUUAAUCUGCUGAAACUUUUUAUUUUUAACCAUCAGCAACACGGAGAUGGUUACUAUGUGAUUUUUGUUUUCUUCCCCUUCUCCCUUUUUACAGUUCAGUUUUUAUUCAGUUUUGAUUGUCCUGCCAAUACAUAAAUGUUACAGCUGAAAUGCUCUGCUGUCAAGACGAGUCACACCCUUGUCCUCUAAGUCAGAGCAUCCGUUUCCAUGUUGAAACCCGCUGUCACCACCUUUUUAGUUUAUUUGACCUUUUUUUUUGUCACUGUAUCUUGCUUUCACUGCUUAGACAAUCACAUCUCAAUCACAUGGUACUUUGAGUGGUGUCCAGAUCCACCAUACAUCUGGUGAAACAUAUAAAGUAGUCUGUAACAGUACCACUAAGGGACAUGAGAGAAAUAGUAAGCAUUGGAAAAUGAUGAAUUAGAUUCUUUGGAAUGGAAGGGGUGUCUUGGACAUGGAAUUUUGUGAAGUUGACAAGACAGACCGGUGUCUUUAAUUUACUGGCUGCACAUUCAUAUUACGAUCUGUUUCCACAAGUUUUUUAUUUUUUAAAUUUAUUUUUCUCCAGAGAUGUGAAUAUAAGAUCAAACAAGCCUGAUCCUCUGACCCACAUCUUCAAUAUCUAACAUCAUGGAAAUCAAUCAACUCCCAACCAAAAACAUUUAAACUGUUAUUGCUCAUUGUCAUGCUGAUCACAUCUCUAGUGUUGCUUUUCACCUUUUGGUUGGUAUGAUUUCGUUUUUUUUUUUGUCAGAUGUUUACAGUAUUUCUAUCAGUGACGGUUUCUGUUUUUUUAAAGUACUCUGUUGCUAACAAAAAGUGUGAUUCUGUACUUCUGCAUUUUGACCAGUCUGUGUUGGCUGUCAUGGAAAUGUUUUUUUUUGUACUAUUUCAACUGUCGAAUGCAAUGAGCUAUGAAGGUACAUAGCUUUGUAGGGAUACAUCUGGCUCAACUUGUUCAUGCUUGUAGGGAUGUAUUUGGCUCUACUCAAGAUGAUGAAACAUACACUAUAUAUACAAAAGUAUGUCGACUCCCCUUCAAAUUAGUGGAUUUGGCUAUUUCAGCCACACCCGUUGCUGACAGGUGUAUAAAAUCGAGCACACAGCCAUCCAAUCUCCAUAGACAAACAUUGACAGUAGAAUGGCCUUACUGAAGAACUCUGUGACUUUCAGCGUGGCACCGUCAUAGGAUGCCACCUUUCCAACAAGUCAGUUUAUCAAAUUUCUGCCCUGUUAGAGCUUCCCCGGUCAACUGUAAGAGCUGUUAUUGUGAAGUGGAAACGUCUAGGAGCAACAAUGGCACAGCCGUGAAGUGGUCACACGAGCUCAUAGAACAGGACCGCUAUGCUGACGCGUGUAAAAAUAGUCUGUCCUUGGUUGUAAUACUCACUACCAAGUUCCAAACUGCCUCUGGAAGCAAUGUCAGUACAAUAACUGUUUGUCGGGAACUUCAUGAGAUAGGCUUGUGUGCGGCCAUGGAAAACUAAGAUCACCAUGCGCAAUGCCAAGCGUCUGCUGGAGUGGUGUGGCGCUCGCUGCCAUUGGCCUCUGGAGCAGUGGAAACGCGUUCUCUGGAGUGAUGAAUCACGCUUCACCAUCUGGCAGUCCGACAGACGAAUCUGGGUUUGGCGGAUGCCAAGAGAACGCUACCUGCCCGAAUGAUUAGUGCCAACUGUAAAGUUUGGUGGAAUAAUGGGGCUGUUUUUCAGGGUUCGGGCUACGCCUCUUAGUUCCAGUGAAGGGAAAUCUUAACGCUACAGCAUACAAUGUCAUUCUAGACAAUUCUGUGCUUCGAACUUUGUGGCAACAGUUUGGUGAAGACCCUUUCCUGUUUCAGCAUGACAAUGCCCCUGUGCACAAAGCAAGGUCCAUACAGAAAUGGUUUGUCGAGAUCGGUAUGGCAGAAUUUGACUGCCUUGCACAGAGCUCUGACCUCAACCCCAUCGAACACCUUUGGGAUGAAUUGGAACGCCGACUGCAAGCCAGGCCUAAUCGUCCAACACCAGUGUCCGACCUCACUAGUGCUCUUGUGGCUGAAUGGAAGCAAGUCCCCGCAGCAAUGUUCCAACAUUUAGUGGAAAGCCUUCCAGAAGAGUGGAGGCCAACUCCAUAUUAAUGCUCAUGAUUUUGGAAUGAGUUGUUUGACGAGCAGGUGUCCACAUACUUUUGGUCAUGUAGUGUAUAACUGAGUCGAAUGUGUUUUCCCACCCCAGUUUUUUUUGUAUGGGACCGGAACACUGUUGAAGGCCCAAUAAGGUUGUCUUGUGUACAUUAAGAAUACUGAUGUUAGUGUAAAUACAAAUAAAAGUACUUUUGAAGGUG